UACAGAAAAAAACUCAUGGACUCUGAUGAAGUUUGAGGGUGAUUUGCCAUCCAACCGGCUGGACCACUGCAUGUGUUUACUACCAUGGAAGGUGGACACUGGGGGUAGUGAAACUCCAGCAGCAAAAGCUCCAGCAUCAGCAGCUCCAUCCACAGCAAAGGCUCCAGCAGCAACAGCUCCAGCCACAGGAAAAGCUCCAGGACCAGCUCCAGCCACAGCAAAAGCACAAGCAGCAUCAGCUCCAGCCACAGCAAACGCACCAGUAGCUCCAGCCGUAACAAAAGCACCAGCAGCAACAGCUCCAGCUACAGCAAAAGCUCCAGCAUCAACAGCUCCAGCCACAGGAAAAGCUCCAGCAUCAACAGCUCCAGCCACAGCAAAACCACCAGUAGCUCCAGCCGUAACAAAAGCACCAGCAGCUCCAGCCACAGCAAAAGCUCCAGCAGCAACAGCUCCAGCAACAGCACAAACUCCAGGCACAGCUCCAGGCACAGCAAAAGCACCAGCGGUAGCAGCUCCAGCCACAGCAAACGCACCAGCAGCUCCAGCUGCAGCAAAAGCACCAGCAGCAGCAGCUCCAGCCACAGCAACAGCAACAGCAACAGCUCCUGCUCCUGCUCCAGCCUCAGCAGCUACAGCAAAAGCUCCAGUCCCAGCUCCAAUCACAGGAAAAGCACCUGUCCCAGGUCCAGCCACAGCAAAAACUCCAGUCCCAGCUCCAGCCAUAGCAAAAGCUCCAGUCCCACCUCCAGCCACAGCAAAAGCUCCAGUCCCAGCUCCAGCCACAGCAAAAUCUCCAGCAACAGCCACAGGAACAACUCCAGCCACAGCAAAAGCUCUCGAAGGAACAGCUGCAAAAGCUCCAACGGAGACAUUAAAUUUGGUUUUUAUAUUCGGUGGGAUGGACACACAUGGCAUCAUACACAAUGACUGUGUUGUAACCAUGGUGACAUGAUGGACGAAGAAAUGUUACUAAGAACUAAGGGUGAACAAGUAUUUUGUAUCAAACAAUUAUUUCAAUGUCUUUUGAGAAGUACAACCACAUUCAAUGCAUAACUUUAAGGCCAGUGAAGUUCUUGCAACAGCCCACCCGCUACAACUACUACUACUACCUUCGACAGGACUGCCUGAGAGCACAUUGCUCCAGCAGGAACAGGUCCAGCACCAAUGGAGACGCUAUACUUGGCUUUUGUAUUUGGUGGGAUGGACACAGAGCAUCAUACACAAUGACUGUGAUGUAACCGUGCUGACAUGAACUAAAAGUAUUUUGCAUCUUUUAUUUCAAUGUAUUUCCAGAAGUACAAUCAGAUUCAAUAAAUAACUUUUAAGCGAACUCUUGAGACAUCCUAUACCCCCCAUUAACAACCACAACUACUUCUCAG